ACAGACACCGCUGUCAACGAUGAUGAUGCGGAGAAGCAGUGGCGUGGGUGUUGGUGGUGGUGGUGGUGGUGGUCGUGGUGGUGUUGGGAGAACCAUGGUGGGCACGAGGGAUGAAGAGCUGUGUGAGUUGAACGCGGACAUUCAACCCGUGCCAACAGAGGAGUUGGCGUGUCGAGUGACGCUGCGGAACCCGGUCAUCAUCGACCACAAGAACACCGCGCGACAUGCACGCUCCCUCAACGCACUGGACGAGCACAUGCACCACACAACGACCGAACCGCUCAUUUCGCGGAUCUGGAACAAAGUCACGUCUCUGCUGACGCCGACACCGAUGGAGACAAAGCUUGUGGCACCAAAGUCCAUUGUCCAGGGAGCACAUGCACACCCACACUGCCAGCUGUGCGCAAUUGCGCGACGUGAUGGCACUGUUGAGAUCCGCAACACAGAGUCGAGCGUGAUUGACGUGGUGUCGCCAUAUGAGGUGACGCUGUCCAUUCGACGCGACAAAACCAUUACCUCCCUUGCGUGGUGCCCGUCCAGAAAAGAUGUGCUCUGCGUGGCCACGCAGAAGGAAGUGCUCCUGUGGACUCUCGGCGACACAUCCACCGCGUGCCAAUACACGCCUGUUGGGAGCGGGGGUGCAUUUGCGGUGUGCUGGUCCCCGUGCGGCGUUUAUCUCCUCAUCGCCCCCGUUACCGGCGGCCUCCUCCUCUGUGACACGGCGACGAUGACGAUGCUGCGUGUGUGCGCGCGGGAGCUGUUUCGGUUCGUGUCGUGGUCGCCGCGCGGCCGGCGUGUCCUCGCUGCCACAAAGGCCAGACACUUCAUGACGUUUGAUGUUGACGAUGGGUGGAAGGCGUCGCGAUGGCAGGCGUCGAUGGGCUACAUUGCCAGCGCGUGCUGGAGUCACGAUGACACCUAUCUCCUCUUUGCUGUCCGCGGCGACCCGACCGUCCACUGCUUGCAGUUCUAUUCAGCGAUGAUGCCGCCGAUUGGGGAGGCGUUCAACGUGUGGAAGGAUCCAAACUACACAGACGGCGCUCCCGUGAGUGUGGUUGGCCUCGCGUGGGAUCUCAACAGCCAGCGGCUCAUCGUCAUGACAGAGACAGAGGAUGGCGUGCCGACACCGGAGCUGCUUGUGUGCCAGACGAAGCUCGGCGGCCACGUGCCGCAGGUCACGCGCAGUUCUGUGAUUCCGGCGCCGACGGGAGGGGACGGGUCGCCGUAUGCGCCACAAGAGCUCUCCUUCACCACCGCCCGCCUCCCAGAUCCAGUGCCCAUGCUCUUUGUCGUGUGGCAUCGGCCAACAGACUGCCGGCUCAAGGCGUAUCCCUUCUUCUACCAGCCGUGGAACUGACACACACUUUGUUGCUUGUAUGGUUCAUGUGUGUGGAUGCGUGGUGUAUGUGCUGUUGUGUGUGAUUUGAUCAGCAAAGUCGAGGUCGAGAAGGACAAGAACAACAAGACCCAGAAGAAGAACAAGAUCCAACAACAACCACAACAACC